AAACAAAGCCUCCCACUACAGACUCUCACUCCCGCUACAAACAGUCGCUUCCAACUUUCAACUCUAGUUUCCAACUCUGCAAUCAUGAUGAUGAAGCUGACUGCCGUCUUUGUCGCCGCCCUCGCUACCCUAGGAGCCGCCACUCCCACUCCCAAGGGCUGCACUCCUGGAACGUACUCGUGCACUCCCGACGCUACUGGCUGGCAAGUCUGCAACGUCGACCGCACCUGGGUCGUCGCUGGCACUUGUCCUCCUGAGACCACUUGCGCGUUCAACAAGGAGAACAACUCCCCCUACUGCGUUCCCAUCCGCCUCUACAACCCCUAG